AUGCUUCACACGAGGUGCCUCAUCUGGUGGAGGUCUCUUUGGGGCUUCAUCGAGCAGCUCUGGCACAAGCACCUUUGCCGGGAGUGCUUCGUCUGGUGGAGGUCCCCUUGGAACUGCAUCAAGCAGCUCUGGUGUCAGCCCGUUCGGUGGAAGUGCCCCAUCUGGUGGAAGUCUCUUCGGGGGCUCAUCCCAUGGCUCCACUGCAAGCCCUUUUGGUGGAAGUCCCCCAUUCGCAGGUUCAAGCGCUUCGAGCCUCUUCGGUGGACUUGGAGAGAGCCUGUCAGGAGCGUUUGGAGGGAGCUCUUCCAGCUCUGCAGGCCUCUUUGGUGGGUCCACGGGCGGAUCUUUGUCUGGCGCAUUUGGAAGCUCUUCCAGCUCUACAGGCCUCUUUGGUGGCUCAGGUGGCUCCGGAUCGGUGGCUUCGUUCGGGAGUUCUGCUGGCAGUUCCGGGCUCUUUGGUGCCACGCCAAAGAGUGCGAGCAUGGCCUCCUCCAGCCGCUUGGAUCGAGCCGGUGUUCAAGAAGAUGCCCAGAUCAAUCAGGCACUUCCACAGCGGACACGAGCACUUCGCAGGCGGCUUCUCCACAGCCGGGUGCCGCUGCGCCGUCGAAGGCCACGUCGAAGGCCAAGGCCACUGGAGCAGUCCCGGCGGCACCUGCCCGUGCCAUGCCACCUCCCGCCUUGAGUGCCCAGGAGCAGAAGAAGGCCGAAGAGCUCCUAAAGAGUUGGGAAGGGCGUUUCGGGGACCUGGCCAAGACGGUGAAGGUGGCGGGCGACGCCGCCCUGGACCUCAACGAGGAGUACAGUUCCAUGGCCGAGAAGGUCCAGGUCCUCAAAGGCGAGCAUGAAGAGCUUUGGCGAAAGCAAGAAGCGGCCGAGAAUUCCAUGCAGCUGAUUUAUGACCAGCAGGAGUUGCUUUCAGAGCUGCUUGGACACCUGGAGAUCGAGCUGGACUUGGGAUCGACUGCCAAGAAGUCAAGGAGCUCACUGAGGUUAGAAGAGAGAGCUCGGAGCUUGAACAUGCAGCUGGACGAGCUGACUGGGCAGGCCCGGAGGCUCACGGAGCUGAUCGGUGCUCAGGGGCCCUCCGACCCGAUGGCACACAUGGCGCAUUUGCUCGCGGCCCAUCAGAGCGAGCUGGACGCUGUUCAGGAGCGCCUCAACGCCUCAGAGGAACAGCUCAAGGCUCAGGAGGCAUCACUGAUGUGA